AUGGCUGCAAGCCCAGAACGACUUGUGUUUCCAGGGAGUAUUGCUCUGACUCUCAUCUACAGUCGAUUUCAACUCUCCCAACGACCCGCCAUCUUCCGAACCACACUAAAUCCUAAUUUCAGUAUUUUCGGAAAUAAGGACCCCCGCGGGAUUCAGCCUUCCUCCGGGGCCGCCUCCUCCCUACCGCUGACUCUCACCCGCUUUGCCCUUCCCCAGCUGGCACGGUUCCUUCUGGGCCCUCCCGAGCUCUCCGGGCAAAGGGUCCGCGCGGCCGGGCCGGGCCGGGCCGGGCCGGGCCAGAUCGACGUCCUCUGGACCUUGAAGUCGGGCGCGUCCUCGGAAAGCUCUGCCGACCAGCCGUUUGUGUGCUCCAAAUUUAUAAUCGCGAUAGGACAUAACGCUGCAGCUUUCCUGUCUUCUUUUAUUCUGGAUUCUGUAUGUUGGGAAGUUGUUGGAGUUGUGAAGCUGUGGAAUGAGUGGUGUCGAACAUCCAACACAACAAAUGUCCUCCCGACAGAUUCUUUCUGUUUGUUCUACCGACUAAUAUCAGAUCCGACAGUUUUUUUGUGCCAGUGUAGUUGCUACGUUGCUGAGGAUCAACAGUUCCAGUGGCUUGAAAAGGUUUUCGGCUGUAUGCGAAAGGAGGGCUUGCAAGUAACCAUUCUUUCAACGUGUCCUGUAGCUGAUUAUAAAACUCAGGAAUCCACUUUAACACUUCCAUCUCCGUUCCUGAAAGCCUUGAAGACAAAAGAAUUCAAAGAGCAGGUCUGCUGCCCACUGCUGGAACAACCCAACAUUGUGCGAGAUCUUCCUGCUGCUGUUUUGAGUUAUUGUCAAGUAUGGCAGAUUCCUGCAGUGUUGUAUCAGUGUUACACUGAUGUCAUCAAACUGGACACGGUUACAAUUGAAGCGUUCAAGCCUCUGCUUUCUUCUAAAAUCCUAAAGAGUUUAGUCAAGGAUGUAUCUGAAAGCACAAAGAUUUUGAAGAAGUUGCUGACAACCAAUGAAACUCACAAUAAUAUCUAUAUCUAAAGAGGACAUUUGUGACGCAGACUGCACUUUCGUAAACUCCAGUUUCUUCUGUAGAGGACAUUUUUGAAUUGUAGUUGUUUCCUUAAAAGUGGAAUAAAUUCCAGUAGAUUUUUACUUCUG